AUCUCUCUUGAGUUGGAGUCGUAGAAAUAGAAACAGAGAAUGCGAAGACAGGUCGAUUUGUCGUUAAAUACAAGGUGAGAGACAAAAACUACCAUGAAUUUCAUCGACAUAUGAAUCAAAAGAGAUAUACAUUACUGUCGGAUAAAAAGGAAGAAAAGCUUUCGGCUGUGUUUGGUUCAUCUUCUUAAUUUCAACAACACUCGCCUAUAACUGGGUCUAAAUUCACUCUGUGAAAAUGGAUUGUACGUUAAAGAUGUCAUCUUCCUCAGUUUGCCUGCCCAAAAUUUCGCCAAUUUCGAUUUUCAACAGGAGCACAGGCUUGUUCUUUCCAAGACCCAUUUUCAGAAAUACCCCAAACAAUGUUAUUUCUCAAUCUCCCUCACUACGGGCAAUGCAAAUAAAUGGUGUAGGUGAUGCUCACAAACGAAUAAGCAGUCUUGAAUCUCUGUUUUGCUAUGAUAAGUCUGUACCAGAGGAAAGAAUUGAGAAGCCAACUGGAUUGGCCUUGGCCAAGAAAAGUAUUGGAGAUAAUCCUCAUUGUCCCGGAUGUGAAGCUAAAGGUGCUGUCCUUUGCACCACCUGCUCCGGUACAGGCCUAUAUGUUGAUUCUAUAAUGGAAAGUCAGGGGAUAAUUGUCAAAGUUAGAUGCUUAGGUUGUGGGGGUUCUGGUAACAUAAUGUGUUCAGAGUGUGGAGGACGAGGUCAUCUUUCACUUGCUUGAUUCUAACAGUUUGAUCUUGUGGCUGUUUGUCAUGACGUAGUCGGCUUUGUCAGGUAGCAUGAAAAUGAAAAGGUGGUUGUUACAUAUAUUCAAGAAUAGCUAAUUUGAAGUUAUUUUUGUGUAUCAGUUGAUUGUUUUUGUGGAAAAAUAAUGUUAUCUGUUGAAUACAGCUAGAUUUCCCUUUGUUAGGAUAUCAUUUUUGUUCUAAAUUCUUAUCAAGUUGAACGUGAAGAAUGUAGGAUAUCUGAAUGGAUGUAAAGCAAUGUAGAGUUUCUUGUGUAUGUUUCAAAAUACCUUUCGAGUCUCGUGAAAAAGAACUUUAUAAAUC